AUGUCGUUGUUAGACGCAUUAAAUCGCUUAAAUGAGAGAGACGAACGCUCGGAAUUUGGAGAGAAUGGUAUUAAAGACAUGCGUAACACAAAUGGAAUUGAGAAACAGGCAAAUGGUAUUAAACCCGAGCUUGUUAACGGAAAAGUUAAAGAGAAAGCUCGUAAAAACGAAUCUGAUUUACUCGUUGAUAUUCUGGAUCCCGCUUCAACUCCCACUGUACAAGAAAUGGAAAAAAAAAUUAGGAAUUUCGCGGCUCAAAGCGAAUCAGAAUAUUUACAAUCUAGAUUAAAAAUUCAUUCCAUUGAACCUAAAAAAUAUUUCGAUUACCUAAAAAUUCAUUCUAAAAAAUCUCGUAGUAGUAAUAAGAGCACCAAACCUAUAAAAGAUCAACGUGUUAAUUCAGAUGAGGCAAAUAGUUACGAUAAAGAUACAUUUAACCUAACUUCAUGGCAAAAAGAAAUUGAAGUAGAACCAAAUAUCGAUAUUGAAACACUACAAUCUGAAUAUUUUGAAAUGAAGUCAAACGAACUCAACAUGGCGAAUACACGAAUACCUCUAUUUUCGAACGAUUUUAUCAAAAGAAUAGUUUCUUAUUGCAUAUCACAAAAUCCGGAUGGAACACCUAACAUGAAAUUUUGGUCAUCCACUCUAUUCCAAUUUCUUAUUGGGAAAAAUUUUAUAUCUAACAGUUAUGUGAAAGAUGGUAUUGUUAAAGCUUUCAUUAAAAGAAAUUCAUUGGGGUUGUUGAAACUUGCUUUAACUCACGUUCCUGAUAUACCUGAAAAAGAUCUUAUAUAUCUAUUGAAGUACUUGAUCUCACAUAGUUCACAGUUCUCAAAAACAGAAAAGAAAAAACCUUUAAUAAAAGAAUUUUUCUCAUUAAUUAUUUGUGCUCCAAGAAGUGACAAUAAGAUGAUGAAAGCAUUAAAAGAUUUGAAUGAAGAUGAAUUAUUGUUUAUAAUUCAAAUUUUUCGUAAAUGGAUUAAAAUAUAUGGUGAAACUGAUGUUAUGCCCGAAUUAAUGUCUUCUGGUAAAGCGAAAGCCGCUUUAUUAAAAAAAGUCAAGUACAUUCCAGAUUUUCGUCUCCUUAUCGAUUUUAUGUCUUUAAUUUUUGAUGUACAUUUUUCUACCUUGAUUCUCUCCGAAAAAUUGUAUCCAUCUCUUAAUGGUUUAUCAAAGUUAAUAACAUAUGAAUUAGCAAUAUAUGAAUCAUUUGAAUCUAUGAGAGGUUGUUUAGCAUUAUUUCAUCAAAAAAGAAAUAUUAUAUCAGAGAAAAUUUCUUCAACGGAUGAUGCUAACACAUCAAUACAUGAUAGAAAGAACAUUACUUGGUUAAAUGAUGGCGAUCUACCUAUUUAUUCGGUAGAAUUAUUUAGUUUUUAUGAAGAUAAUGAAGAUAAUAAUUUUAAAUUAGAUGAGAUGGACCUUGAUGUGGAUGAGAUGACUCGGGAAAAUUAA